CCACGUGCCAUGUGCUCUUGGAGUGACCUACGCUAGCGAGGGGGGAAGGGAUGAGCGAACGGAGGGUAUAAGAGCUCUCAGAUGACGUUCCAAGAGUGUAACAAUGUGACGUACACUUGUGUAUGCCAAACACUCAACACUCUCUACACCCGUAUACGAACACCUUAAAGGGACAGUACAUCAUCGCCUUUGGAAACGAGUACCCAUCGUAUAGCUUUCAAUUUAAAACGCCAACAUGUGGAAGUUGCAUCUGUAUUAUUAAGUGAUCAAGUUUAAUUGCACACAACGAGAAACUGUUCAAGUUUUGCUAAUGGAUUUCAUGCACGUUGGGCGUUUAUUUUGACGGGGGAGAAUACGGCGUUCUUGUGUAACACUGUUGGAGCCCGGCUGUGGAUGAUUUGAUGACUGUGAUAAUGAAGGUGAUGAUUUUGAUUGCUCUAAUCAAAUAAAGCAACUGGUGGUUUACAGAUGCUGUUCUUCCGAGUUGUUAAUACAUCUAGAUGGAAAUAUUUUUCGGGAGGUAGUGAUAUGAUCGACCAGAUUACAGACGUGGAAGACACACUUGUGAAGAGAGUACGACAGUGUGGGAUUAAGAUCAACGGUGUUUGUUUAUGUUGAGACGAGUACAGCAUCUACAAUGAAAUAAAAGGAGUCUGAAGGUCCAAGUCGUCUGUUUCGGCCUUAGCCAUGGGUUCAAUUGGUAACGCCAACGAGGGGGCUCGUGGUUUACCCACAGACAUCCUCAAGUCGAGCCCGUACCUGACGAUUGUGAUCUUGGUGGCGGGCGUUACGGGCGGCCUGGCGUUGGUCAUCGGGGUCAUAUUCUUCUGCAAGUACUGCGUCAAGAGGAGGCGGUUACCGGCAAGAGAUCCAGCCUUCUUCACUCCACUACCAUUGGAUUUAGAUUUAGACAACAGAUCACGCUUAGUGCGGCUUGAAUCAAGGUCAGAUGAUAUACGUUUACCAUUGGGCGAAGAGGAUGGUUCACCAGAAAGGCUACUUGGAGACGACGAAGAAAAUGUUGACUCCUGCAUAGCGGACUAUCUAGCGAAUGGAGACGCGCAUUCUAUGGAGCAUUUACCUGAUAUUCCCGAAGAAGACCCACAAAUGAUAAUAGGAGAAGUAGAAACGUCCACAGCGGACUUUGAUACAGACCGUGCAGUAGACGCCGAGCAUUCACCCGUAUCCCCACGGCGGGUCUCCUUCCAAGUCAUUCCCAUCAAACAGAAACAGGCCAAGUAUGUCCGCAGAUUUACUGAGGGAGAUUUUCAUCACUUGAAGACGUCUCGUAUAAAACCGUCCGGUGACUCCAUGAAGGCCUUCUCUUUGGAUUAUGACUGUCACCGGAGCAUGGAGAACCGGAACCAUUCCAGUGGACGUAGUGCCCGGACCAGCCUACCCACUCCUGAUGACCUACAAUGGCAGAAGCCUCUUGGUGCUGAUGUGCUACUUCAACCCCGUGGCAUGACCGUAAAGGCCCAGGUUCACAUCCAACCGACGGAUGAGAACAAAGAUCCGGAAGUUAAGUCCCGGGAACCCUCCCCGGGUGGGCAACCACGUCUUCAUGUGCCAACCCAUCUACAACUUCGCUCAUCACCACGAAAGAAUCGAGAGAAGGCUGCUGACAUUGACCGAGAUAGUGAGUCCAAAGGGUUUGUGCCCAUACCGCCAGAGAAUGCGGCUGGGUUUGCCGAGCCCAUAGGCAGCGUUUGCUCCGAGGGCCAUGUAAAGAAUACCAAAGGACAGCGCCGUGGUCCCGGUGGCGCACCAAGAUUCCAUCCUCCACCCCAAAUUGAAAUUUGUGAGAAGCCCACUCCAGACAAAGAGAGACGAACAGGAGACUAUCGAGAAUUGUGGCAACUUCGUACAACCCUAGAAAUGGAAGAUACAGGGAGCUUGAGCUCUGAACCUGAUACCGUUAUCCCGGUUGAGGAGGUGAAAUCAGAGGCGUCUGCACCGGAGGGCGACGGUGACAGCAGCCAGUAUCUUGAGCCUUCUGACUCUGCCUUGUCGCCUACAGACACGUCAGCGGCAGAGGCCGAUGACGGCAAGAACAGACUCACUGUUGUGCAGAGAUACAAGUUCAACACGCAUGGUAAGAAUGACAGCUUCGAGCAGAUGUUCAGUAGUAUCAGUACCGAGGAGUCAGACACCUCUGAGAGGAGCAAAGGAGGUGACAGCUCUGGCAAAGACAGUGCUAGUAAGCUUAAACAAAUGCAGGCUGACAGUGGCUACACGUCUAUAGAGCAUAAAAAUGAGGUCUCUGAACAGCAGAAGCGAUAUCUGUUCGCAUCUGCUGACAGAGACAGCACAAGUUUGGAGAGUUGUGCUCCAGCAUUGUCGAGUGAAAGCAGCCCGAUAGGAGAAAGACCAACAUCAUCUGGAACAGAUAGCGCAGUACUAACUGAGAGUGGCAAGGAGGAGCCACUGCCAAAUAUACACGGAGUCCGGAGGAGAAGCGACCGGCGGACAGCCUCGACGAAACGACGGGAGUUUAUAGCAGAAAAGGGAGAAGCUAUUUUCGGUAGCUUCAGCUUCCCCGAGGAGGAGAGUGAAGCGGACUCACAGACCAUCACAGGCUCGAUCUCUGCCAGUGAGAAGUCUAUCGGUAUAGCUUCGGACUCUCAGGGUGAUUCCCCGGAACGAUUGCGCGGUGCAAAUCGAGUCGGUCGAAUAUUCCGUAUCCAGGGAGAGAAUCGACUGCGAGUGUAUCCCAAGGGGAGAGACUAUAGUAUUGAUGAGAAAACUGACGCACUGUUUAAGGAGUUUAUGCGAUCGGACGCCUUGUUUGAUGCGCCUUCAUCGAGGCGUAGCCGUCCACCACGUGGACGCAGGCUGCAGUUACACCACAAGCAACACAGUGACUCAGUUGUUGAGCCUACUCGUAAAAUGGAAGUGCCAUCAACAUCCGAUGGCAGAAGUGCUAGUUUUGAUCACAGAGGGGAAUCGGCCAAGGAAAGACUAACUCAUCUGUUGCCUGGAAACAGUUCAGGUCGUAAACUCAGCCCUCAGGACAGUUUAGAAGAGGAAUACCUCCGCAAAGAAAGUAACAAAAUAUGGGGUCAGGGUCAGCCUCCAACCAGGAAACGUGACCCUGAUGAUAAACCGUCCAGAGAUCAUGAACCUCCACCAAGUCGACAUGAACUUCCGCCAGGUCGACAUGAACCUCCACCAGGUCGACAUGAACCUCCACCAGGCCGACAUGAACCUCCGCCAGGUCGACAUGAACCUCCACCAGGUCGACAUGAACCUCCACCAGGCCGACAUGAACCUCCGCCAGGUCGACACGAACACAUUGGCGAGGCUAGGGGAUCUGCGCAGGUUUCGCAGAGACUGGAACUCGAGGAUGUGUCCUGCCGACCAAGCGCCUUUCGUUGUGUCAAAAAGUCUCCCAAACUGAAAAGAUCGCAUGCCUCCAUGGGACCUGAGGACGAAGGCUCGCUGGACAAGCCACGUGCUCACGACGAACAGGCCCCAUUGUCGAAGGGGAAAAUCAUAUCUCAGACAACGUUGGUCCGACCUACAGCUAUCCAUCCAAAGGAAAGUCUACCGAGCCACGGCGGUGCGGGUCACCGUGAGUGUCCUCGUAUCGGUGGACACCACUCUUCGAAAGGAGACUUGCGAGAUGAAGGUUACCGGCACCGCGAACCCCACCCCUCCGGUGGCAGCGAGCCGCAUAUACAUCGUCGAGGUAGGAGUCCCGGGCGUGACAGAAGCCCUUGGAGAUCGCCUCAAACACCCACUGCUACCCACUCCCAAGAGGGUGAAACACCGUACUCGGAUAGGAGGGCUAAAUCACCUCUGAGGAUGCACAGUGCUGGUAGUAGCCAAGGCAGUGCUGAGUGGAGUGACGACAGAGGCUUCCUAGGCGUCCCACCCAAAGGGCACCUCGACCGGCCCCACAGUGCCUCUUCGCUUCUACGACUUCAACGCGAGGCUGCUUCGCCUCAAUUUGAGAGACAUUACAGUGAUGAAACGUACGACGCACCACGGCACAAUCGUAGCAUUGACUACGAUAGUAAAUGCGAGAGUGAACGUGACCAUAGAGGUUCCUCGGGUCGCCUCCACCCUCUACGUUAUCCUCCCGGUAGACACAUUAGACCCACAACAGUUAGAACCAGUUCAGAGACCAAUAUUUUAGAAACAAGGGACGGGCAUAAGAGGAAUCGAGCCCACGACCUUCGUCGGCAACACUACGGUAGAGCUCACAGCGCCCUCGACGUCUUUGCUGGUAACAAACUUCCACCGAAGGAACCUAUUGUCAAGCAGAGACCCACACCGGAAAGACUUUCAGUCAGGUCAAUGACAGUAGACUCGCCAACUAGUCCCAGUGCGGCAUCCAAGGAGCGGAGGCACCCACUAGACGUUCUGAAAGAUGAACGAAAACAUCCGCUGGAAGGUCUACGUGAAGACAGAAGGUACCAUUUAGAUUCUCAGAAGGAGGAUCGUAAACAUCCUCUGGAUUGUCUUAAAGAUGACCGCAAAUCCUCUAAGGAGGAAAGAAAGCAUCCCUUAGAAGGAUACAAGGAGAAGUUUAAAGACAGCAAAGCUGCACCUCUACGAUGGUGAGGUUAGGUACUGUGUUGCAAUUUGCACUCUGAAAACAGUGCUUAAAGUUUAUAUUUGUACCCACGUUUUAAAUAAUUUUGAAUGAUAAACGUACAUCAUUUUGAAAUCUUCUUAGCUUGUUUGUACCAUUCAAACACACACAAGCAGUGUUAGACAUGUAUAAACUAAAACAUGUUGCGAUCAUUUUGUGUGUUUGACUGCUACAAACAAUUUGGGCAGGUGUCAAAAUGAUUAGCAUGCUUAUCAUUUAAACGUGUGUAAAAAGGGGUAAAACAUUUUUGUUAAAAUUCUAAACACUGUUUUUUAAUAAGAGUGUAGCGUGGCUGAAUCUGGAAGUGGUUAAAGACGCACAAACUGGUAAAUAAUUGAUGAGCCUCUAAAAUGUUAUUGUAAAUAUAUUUAAUAAAGCCUAGUGCUGUGCCCAGUGGAAAGGGGAAAUAAACAUUAUGAACACAUUCAGGAUUUGAGGGGAGGGGCUAAGUCACCGUACACAAGGGGACGUUUAGCUUAAAACUAUAGUUGUGAAGGGGGAUUGUUUAUAGUAAAUUCAGCACCCACAGAACGUUGGUGCUAUUUCUAAUGCACGUAUCGGCUGAUGAUUGUGUAUAAUUCUCCAUAAUGACAUUGUGCUCGUGUACAUACAGAUUUUUUAUAUGCCUUAAUAUUUGAAAAUAAUGUUGUAUUCAAAUUCAAGCCUCCUUGACACAAGGGUUAGUGAACGUACUUUAAGAAGAGUAUUGUAGAUUGCACACAGUAUAAGGUGUCCCUUCCAGAAUGAUACUUUUUUUUUUCUUUUUUCUUUUUUAUAAUUUAAUUUAUUAUUUAUAUAAAAAACAAAUUGUAAAUAUUUCUCAGAUGGUCUGGGUAUCGAAAGAGAUGGUGAAUUCAAUUCCCAUUUUGACCAUAAAUUUUAAAUUUUAAGUAUCAGAAACCCCGAUACGUGAAAAGCACGUACAGACAUAUUUUUGUUAAAAUCUAUAGAAAAAGAAAAUAAACUAUGUGUCAAAGUUGAACAUGCGUUCCCCAGCGACGUUGUCACACAGAUAUAGGAAAAAACUGUCUUCUGCAUGUUUUGAAAUGUGUUUUCAAAGCUAAUUCAACUAAACUUAACUUGACUUUUAAAUUAAAAUCUAAAGGCAAAUAAGUGUCAGAUUUUGGGGUGAACACCUUAUUGCUCUGCAAGUGAACUGUAAAUAUUCAUUUUGUAAAUUAAAAUUUUCACAUCUCGAUUUUUUAAUGAUGUUAUGGUUGUUACAUGUACUUUGCACUUGCAUCUUGUAAUUCACUUUACGGCAGCUUUUUUAAAGAAUGUAGGUUUACUAGUGAAAAAUAAUCAAUCUACGUGUGUAAUUACAAUAAUGAUAUUAAUAAUAAUAAUAUAAACUUUUUUUUACGUUAGAAAUACGAUCAGGAAGUUGUCAUACGGAUAUGUCGUAUAUUGGACAAUAUCAUUUCAAAAACGAGGAUUUUCCCGAACUACUACGGAAGUGUCCGAUGCUUUUGUUAAAUAUUGGGUAGUUGGUGAGUAAAUGAAAAUGACCAGCAAUGUACAAUCUACAUUCAAAUGUAUACCAAACUAGCGUCAAGACUGGCUAUGAAAGCACCAACAGAAUCUAAUCAGAAAUUAAAUUAAAAUCAGCUUUAUUUUUUCAAUUGAAGUUUGAUGCCUUUAAUUAAAAAAAUGGUAUUCAAAGUUUCAAACCACCAAAACAGCACAACAUCAUGCUACACAUUUCUUACCAAGGUGGAUGAUGUUAAACACCAAACGGCUCUUGGUUGUUACGCAACAUUUGACUUCUGAUGUUUGCUGAAUUCUUAAAAGGCAGUGGACACUAUUGGUAACUACUCAAAAUAUUUAUUAGCAUAAAACCUUUCUUGGUGACAAGUAAU